AAAACAUGUUUUUCUCUCUCCACGGAACAGAGGAAUGAAACGUAUGUUGAGAAGCGGCCUAAAACGAUGCGGGCCGGAGGAAGUACGUGAGAGUUGUAAGCUGCCGCCCUGGCCCGGCCUCAUGAACCUCCCAGGCCAUCCCACAUGCCCUGAUGUUCCUGCAUCUGGACAGCAUUGGUAAAUGAUUUUAAUUUUGAAGCAUGGCAAAGAGGCAGAAAUGGCUUUGGGCCAUAGACGAGCAGAAUCACUUUAAAAUGAAGAUAGUUUUUUUUUGGCUUGAGAUCUUCCCGUAAAACUACCUGAAGAAUGAACACCUCUCCCAGUGCUGAUUGGAACAGAAAGUAUUUCUAAUUCCCUAUGAAUGAAAAUAGGAACAAAAGUAUUCCAAAGCAAGGACAUAACUUGAAUUCAGAGCUGAAUCCAUUACAUCAAGCUCCGGGGAAGGGGUAGGUGGGGAAGCCCUGAAGUUGACCUGAUGAUUGGGAAAUACCAGUUAAAUGCUUUUGUAACUUCAUCACUGUCAACAGGAAGACACUGCUAUCCAAGCCUCCCAUUUGCCUGAGAGUCAGGAGCUUCUAAACCAAGAAAGGAAGAAACCAAGCGGAUUAUUUACGAGCUCCUUCCCUCUUGCUGCUUGAAGCCGCUGUGCAAUUAGCCUGUUUGUUACCGCGCCGGGGCAAGGCUGGGCGAGUUUACACCGCUCGGCGGGGGUCGGCAAGGCCGGCCUCCCGCGCCUCCUAGCGGACCUGUGGGGUGGUGCAGCCCGUGCCACCCGCUGCAGGAAAGCGGGCCACCGGCCGGCAGCGCCGCGCCCUGACGCCGUCUGCGCGCACAGCCUCGGCAGCGCUCUUCGCUCGCCUCCAGUCCCUAUCCAGCGACCAGUCAGGCUGCGGGCGAGGGGAUUCCAGCCCAGGAUCCAGAGUCCGAGCCCUCAGCAUCCUAUCACACUGGGUACCGGCAGCAGCCACCUCAACCUGGGCCGGGAGCGCAAGCGGCUUUGGAGCUGUCAGCGGCGGUGCAACUUCCCCAGGGAGCCAACUUUAGGUUCGCCUAACGACUCGGUGCAGAGGCCCAUCCGUCAGAUCGCUCCGCGGAGUCUCAGGGAGUGGAACCCAGGAGCCCCCAGGCACGUCCGGGCUGCGCGUCGGGCCCCGCCCCGCGCGCCACGCCUUAAAGGGCUCGAAGGCCUGGGGCGCACGGCGGCGGCCACCGUCAUGGAGGGUGCGCUUGCCGCCAACUGGAGCGCCGAGGCGGUCAACGGGAGCGCGGCGCCCCCGGGGGCCGAGGGCAACCUCACCGCUGGGCCGCCACAGCGCAACGAGGCCCUGGCGCGGGUGGAGGUGGCUGUGCUGUGCCUCAUCCUCUUCCUGGCGCUGAGCGGCAACGCGUGCGUGCUGCUGGCGCUGCGCACCACGCGCCGCAAGCACUCGCGUCUCUUCUUCUUCAUGAAGCACCUGAGUAUAGCCGACCUGGUGGUGGCGGUGUUCCAGGUGCUGCCGCAGCUGCUGUGGGACAUCACCUUCCGCUUCUACGGACCCGACCUGCUAUGCCGCCUCGUCAAGUACCUGCAGGUGGUGGGCAUGUUCGCCUCCACCUACCUCCUGCUGCUCAUGUCGCUCGACCGCUGCCUGGCCAUCUGCCAGCCGCUGCGCGUGCUGCGCCGCCGCACCGACCGUCUGGCCGUGCUCGCCACAUGGCUGGGCUGCCUAGUGGCCAGCGCGCCGCAGGUGCACAUCUUCUCGAUGCGCGAGGUGGCCGAUGGCGUCUUCGACUGCUGGGCCGUCUUCAUCCAGCCCUGGGGGCCCAAGGCCUACAUCACGUGGAUCACGCUUGCCGUCUACAUCGUGCCCGUCAUCGUGCUUGCCGCCUGCUACGGCCUCAUCACCUUCAAGAUCUGGCAGAAUUUGCGGCUCAAGACGGCGGCGGCGGCGGCCGAGGCGGCCGCGGGACCCGAGGGCGCGGCGGCGGACUGCGCGGGGCGCGGGGCUUUGGCCCGCGUCAGCAGCGUCAAGCUCAUCUCCAAGGCCAAGAUCCGCACGGUCAAAAUGACCUUCAUCGUCGUGCUGGCCUUCGUCGUGUGCUGGACGCCAUUCUUUUUCGUGCAGAUGUGGAGCGUCUGGGACGCCGAGGCGCCCAAGGAAGUGGGUAGUAAUUUGUCCCAAGCAAUGGAGCCUGGAGCCAUCCGUCCUCAUGGACGCCACAUGGAUGUUGUCACAUGUUGUCACAUCACGUCCCAUCUGCGAGUGAAGAUGCGGAUGGAGACCAGAUUCAGUGAUGUUGGAAAUUGCAUCCACCUGAGUGCCGGUCAGAGCCCGGGGAAGAGGGUCGGUGUGAUGGACCUCAGCUUCGAGGCCGAGAGUCCUCUGGCGCCCCCGGCUGAACUCCUGGAGAGGCUGCCCAGCUGUGACUGCCUUCUUCAAGGGGACAGAUGCUGCCGGUCUUGGAACCCAGGAUGCCAGAUAUUCUUCCCACCUUCGGAGGCCCCGGGGAGGCCCCAGGAACAAAGGUGCUGGUCUUCGUUUCUGGAACACAGAGUCCCCGUGGUGACAGAGGAGGUGGCCCGGGAAGCCCUCCUCAGCUUCGUGGACUCCAAGUGCUGCUACGGCAGUGCGGCCGCCGGUGACCUCGUCAUCCUGGAGCUGAAGCAGCAGGUCCUGCGCAGGUAUCGACUAGAAACCUUCAGUGAAUCCAGGAUAAGUGAAUGGACUUUUCAGCCCUUUACCAACCACUCCGUGGAUGGGCCACAAAGAGGCACCUCCCCUAGGCUUUGGGACAUCAAGGUCCAGGUUCCCCCGAUGUUUCAGGAAGAUACCAGGAAGUUCCAAGUCCCUCACUCAUCGUUGGUCAAGGAAUGCCACAGAUGCCACGGGCAUGGGCGCUACAAGUGCAGCAGCUGCCACGGGGCCGGCACGGUGCGGUGCCCCUCAUGCAGCCGGGCCAAGCGCAGAGCCAGGCCCGCCCGGCGGUGUCAGAUGUGCUCGGGGUCCGGCAGGCAGAGAUGCAGCACAUGCUCAGGGAGGGGGAACAAGACCUGUGCCACCUGCAAGGGCGAGAAGAAACUGCUGCACUUCCUCCAGCUGGUCAUCGUGUGGAAGAACAGCCUGUUUGAGUUUGUGUCUGAGCACCAGCUGGACUGCCCUGGGGACCUGCUUGCUAAAGCCAGAGGAGAGACGCUCUUUAAGGAUGAAAACACGAUGGUGUACCCCAUCGUGGACUUCCCCCUGCGGGAAAUCUCUCUGGCCUCCCAGCGGGGUAUCGCCGAGCACAGCGCUGCGCUGGCCUCCCGAGCCCGCGUCCUGCAGCAGCGCCAGACCAUUGAACUGGUCCCCCUCACGGAAGUUCGUUACUGGUACCAAGGAAAGACUUACGUCUACUACAUCUACGGCACCGACCACAAAGUGUACGUGGUGGAUUACCCCGAGAGGUACUGCUGUGGCUGCACCAUCAUCUGACAUCGCACAUCUGCCCCCAGAGCCCGCCACUCACGUUUGCCCAGGAGAUUGGCCGAGGUCUCUGAGUUGACUCACUGUUGGCUCCUCUGGACAAUUGCAUGCAAACCCUGGUGUGUCCUUCCAGAGAAUUCAGCUCCUCUGUCAAGCUGCAAGUCCUUCUGGAGCCCGUCUGGCGGAAUCUAUCACGUGUCUAACCUACAAGAAUUCAUCUACACACAUUGCUUUAGGAGAAAUAACUUAAGCAGCGGGGGCUUUGCCUCUGGCCUGUGAACUAAAGCCCUGAUUGAGCGUGGGGUUGAUUUUACUUUUCCCUCGGUCAGUCUCAGUUCUGGUGUGUCUCUGCUAGUCUGGGCCUUUUGUGGAGCUGAGUGAUUCUGAAAUGUUGAAAGAUAGACAGAAAUUAGCUGCCUCUUAUGCACACCAAAUAGUGCACUGAGGCAAAAAUGUACACCAUUUUACUCCUCAUUCUGUGGGUCAGGAAUUCAGACAUAGCCAUGGUGGGAUGGCUUAUCUCUGUUCCAUGAUGUCUGGUGCCUCACCUGGAAGUAUCAGAGGCUGGGGUGGCUCAAGGGCAGGGGCGCUGAAAUCAUCUGAAGGCUGGUUCACCCAGAUACCUGGUGGUCGAUGGCGGCUUUCGGCUGGAACACCUACAUGUGGCCUCCCCAUGCGGCGUGGGCUUCCUCACAGCAUGGCGGCUCUCAGGGUAAGCACCCCACAUGUGUGCCCCAAUUAAAGAGACAGAGAUCUGUUCCCAGACUGGAGAACAAACCCGCUGUGUUGGAUAGACCAAGGGUCUGUAUGCUAAUCUCUAACAUGGUGCCUGUGCAUGGGUAAAUUUUAGAGAGUGGUUUUGGAUAUAUGCAGGUUCUUACAUCACGUGCUGACCUUGGAACCUGAGCACCGAGUAGAAGGUGACCUGGAUGUCCUGUGUACCCAGUCCCAGGCAGGAACUCCCACCUGGUGCAGUGAGGCUGGGUGGGUGGAGGGGACACCCUGCACACUGAAUGCCCGGUUAGCUUUGGAGGGGUGGUUCGGGGGCUGCGUGAGCCACCGUGUACCUGAUUGUGAGUAACCGGAUGUCCCUGUCAUCUUACAAUGCCUGCCCCCACCCGGAAGGGGAGUGCUACACCCCAGGAGGGCCAGUCCGUACCCUCUUGAUCCCCAAGCUCCUGCUGGCCUGCAGCCCUCGUCCCCCAUAGGGUAGAAGCACGUGGACAUAAGAGGCCUGGUUGGGGGAGGCUCAGAUGGGGGAGGGGUGGUCUGAGGCCAUUCCCCUGGGGCCUCGUACAAAUGGAGGGGACGGUUUUUGGCUGUUGCCAUCAUUGGUGGACGGAGCCCAGGAAAGCGGGGCAUCCCGCAGUGCUCGGGGACAUCAGUGCAGUGCAGUGGCAUUCCACGUGCUGCAUGGCUGGCAGAUGCCCCGCUGACACUCGUGGAGAAAUUACUUCUGCAAGCUCUCGUCGGUUAUUACUUAAUGCAGUGCGGGUUUUUAUUUGGUGUUCGCCUCUGUUCUUUGAUUUUCUGGUGCGUCUUGUUUGAAACGGCUUCUGAUCCUCUCCCUUCUCUCAAGUACAAACUUGGAACUCUGACGCCUUCAUUGGGGUUCCACGGGCCGCUGUGCUUGAGCCUCACAGAUUGAAAUACAUGUAUUAAAACACUGCUUUCUUCUUAUUUCUCCUUUAUGUUUCCGU